GUUAAGUCAAUGGUAUAUUGGGGCGGUCUUUAUGAAAUGGCAACCAAGACUAGAAUCUAAAACUGCUUGUUUAUGCGGGUCGUUAAGAAAAUGACAAUCAACUGAUGAUAAUCCGAAUACUUUCACACCAUUUUCGUUCACCAACGAUCAAUUUUUGUGUAAAAUGAACCGCCACAAAGCAAUGGAAGUGGACUCAUCCAAUGUCCUCGAACUCCCCAAAGCUGAAGACUUUAUUCUGCUCAAACCUAUUAGCAAAGGAGCCUUUGGCAAGGUAUGGUUGGGCCACAAGAAAACCAACCCUGACAAAAUGUAUGCUAUCAAAGUGAUGAAGAAACAAGAUCUUAUCAAUAAAAAUCUCAUUGAACAAGUAACAGCUGAAAGAGAUGCCCAAGCCAGGUCCAGAAGCCCGUUUGUAGUUCAACUUUUCUAUUCUAUUCAGUCUCGUCAAAACAUCUUCUUGAUAAUGGAGUACAUGAUAGGGGGAGAUGUCAAGUCCUUGUUGAUCAUGUACGGCUACUUCAGUGAGGAGAUGGCGUGUAUGUAUGCUGCUGAAGUGGCCCUAGCGCUGGAGUACUUACAUAAACGAGGCAUAGUACACAGAGACCUGAAGCCAGAUAACAUGUUGAUAUCAGAGGCUGGCCAUAUAAAGCUAACAGAUUUUGGGCUGUCCAAAGUAUCACGAGACUAUCGCUGUAGCCCACAGUCUGGAAGUUUCACUCCGUACGCACAUCACAUGCCACAUAAUUAUGACCUGAGAACACCGGGCCAGAUUCUCAGCCUAAAAUCAUCUCUGGAAUUUACUGUCCACAAGUCCCAGCGCAAGUUCUCCCAAGAGAGGGAUAAGCCAGACUCUGAGGUUCUCAAGUCCUCCAUGACCCCAGCUCCUGGUCGCAGCCCCCUACCCCCUGAACCACGUACACCCCAGGAGAAAGGCCACAGACAGUCAAUUAUCAGACGUAUGCUCACUCCUGCUGGGCUAAAACCAUCUCAGCAGGUGAGCAAGCUGUACAGCAGCUAUGGGUCCACACCUCCAGUCCAGAGUUUGACCCCCACCCUACAGGAUUCUCUCACCUGGAGGACAUCGUCUGCCAGUGAGUCCCACUCCAGACAGGCCUGUAGCUUGUUGCAGCAGUCGAUGUCAAGUAAAAAAGAUUCAGAAAUGUUUGUUACACCAGAACACGAGGAAAACAUUUCUUCCAACAUGGAUGUCUCUAUGAACAACAGUAGCUGUGAGAACCCUGAUCAGUCACACGGGCAGCAAGCAGGGGACAGCAUUGGCAGCGCAUCAGAUAUCAGACAGGGCUUAAGUGCUCAGUUCUCCGACACACAGAAACCCAUGAGCUGUGAUAGUCACGUGAUGCCGUUGUUUCAGGUAGAAAGAGAGGAGGAUGACACACCCAUGCUGCAUCGCACCCAUGGCUCAGUGUGGAAAAGUUUUGCGGCUAAAAGUCUGCGCUCCAUGAGGGACGGUUCCUAUGCUGAUUCUUCUCAUUUAGGUAGCUUUACUUCAUCGGUUAAAAAUGCGCCCCACUGCAGUUUUCAAACAUCAGCGCAAGAAAAUGAUUUAAAUGUUGCCAAUCGUUCAACCAUAACCAGCAUUGUUUCAAGCUUCUCAAAUAAAAAGAACCUUAACUCCAGGUUUGAAACACCACAACAUUUGAAAACUGGGGAUAAGGGUUUUUUCCAGCAAAUGUCAAAAAGUCAGAACAGAGAAAAUAUUCCACCUUCUCUAAGCAGGAAGUUUGCUGAAUCUUUACCAGUGGAACCUAACUUUUCUGCUACUUCUUUUGAAAUGGAGAGAGGCGUGACAAGUUGUUUAGAGGAUUCUUUAAGCGGAAUCCAUGGCUAUGGGAAAUCACGACUUUUCUCCAUCGCAGCAUCAACAGAUCUAGAAAUCUCUAGCGAUUUCUCUGCCCACCUUCACCAGCAUGACCCGAUUCUAAACAGCACCCGUCUUUCCCUGGACUUCGGAACAUCUCACAUAAGUCCCUGUCUGGUGCCGGAGCUCAAGGAUUUAAGUCAGCUGCCACUCAUCAACCCUUUGAAACCCAUCACCACCAACUCUAUGCCCAGCUUCAAUGUUGUACCCAGUAAGAAAAAUGAAAAGCUGAUUGAGAAACUCCAGGACAACGCUCCUGGCAGUGCCCCGAAUGUUAGAAGAAAACUGAGCAGGCCUGGUUUGAGAAGGGUUCUAUCAGAUACAUUUGACAAAUGUGUGGAACUCAAGAAUGCAAAGGCGAACAAGAAUCUUCUCAGUCAGAAAAGUAAAUCAUACGAAUACCACAAAGCCAGCGAUAAUGACAACUCGUUCACUCGCAAAAGAUCGUUCGAUGUUGCUUUGUGUGAAAAAAUGGCAGCAGAUAUUCUGGCUGUGGCCCCUGUGAACCCUCCCCAUACUGGGAUGUCACCUGAUCUGAGUAAACUUUGGCUCGAUGAGAACGAGCGACCACACAAACAAUCAAAAACAGACCGGGAACUGUAUUCCUACAAUUUGUUUGGCUCUAAGAGCUUAGACAACAACCUGGUUCAUGGUGCUAAGGUAGAAGAAAGUAAGAAAAGUUGCUUUAGUGAAUUGAGCAGCCGGAAUAAGAUCCCCCUUCACCCAAAGGUGGCGCUCCUGAGACAGAAGUCACAACCAGGGCACAGUGGUCUGACCACAGAAAUAAACUCUUUAGCUAUCAGAGACAUUGUCGCCGGGCUACAGAGCCAAGAGAUGAAGUCCUCUCAGACUGGGGGUCUUGUCCGCAGCGAGAUCAGACGAAUAAGUGAAGAAAAACCAUUUUGUGAUAACGAUAUAAAACAAAGCGAGGGCGCUCUACAUCGAGUUACAGCCCUUGAUAAUUUAGCCGUUGAAAACAAUAGUUCCGGGUACUGCUCAUCUGCUGAGGCUUGUGAUUCUCUCCCGACUCACCAGGAUUUUAACCUCGAUGCUCGGAAAGUUGAAUUUUUUAUUUCAACCCCGUCCCCCAUGCAUUCAUCCCCAACACCUGGGAGUGGCGACCUGAAGCCGUUGAUAAUCAAGAAAGGUAUUUCUACCCUAGACACAUCCAUUGGAACUGACGUCAGUGCUUUGAACUCCACCAUAGAAUUUGAAAAUGGUGGAUCAGGCAAUGAAGAAAAAGACAGCCCCAUGUCUUGUGCUAAGCGUUGCCGGUCCAGAUCCAGGAGCUCGUCCUUGUCAUCCCUCUCAGAUAUUGGUGGCCCUGACCCGGUCAAUCCAGCUGAUGUUCAGUUUUCAUACCUUGCCUUGGCUCUCCCUUCUCCCCCGCUCACUCAAACCUCUGUCAGUCCCAAACCUGGCUUUUCACCAGAUCACCAAUUACUGAAGAGUUCCUUCAAGGGAGAUAACACAUCAGAGCAGGCCAUUAGCAAACAAAAGCUCUCUUUUCCUGUUGCGUUGCCUAGUAUAGCUGAAAGCCUUGUGAUGCAGGAAGAGGAAGAAGACACAACAUUUGUCAGGCCUAUGAGUGUAGGAAACGAGCAAAGGCAGUUAUCUAACCCUGAGAAAGCUCCAAAUAGUGGUGAAAAGAAAAGGUUGAUUUCACCUUUUAAAGAACUAAAAAACAUGGUUGGUGUUGGUCAGACACCAAAGCCAGGUUUUAAAGAAUCCUUUUUCCGAACGCCCCUCAAGACACCUGGUACUAAGCUUCAAACUCCAAUGCAGACACCUGGAGGCAGACUCCUGACACCACUUAGAACACCUAAAAGUGUGCGCAGAGGACCUGAGGUACAGGAAGAUGAUGGAAGAAUUCUGGGAACCCCAGACUACCUCGCCCCGGAGAUUUUAUUACAACGGCCUCAUGGAUUUGCUGUAGAUUGGUGGGCGUUGGGUGUGUGUUUGUAUGAAUUCCUGACUGGACUUCCACCAUUCAAUGACCAGACAUCUGAGGCUGUCUUUGAAAACAUUUUGAACAGAAAUAUAACAUGGCCUGUAGGAGAAGAAGCCUUGAGUGAAGAGGCAAAAAUGGCUGUUGAUAAGCUACUUACAGUAGAAGUUGACAAAAGACCAGCUGCUAAAGAGGUGAAGCUGUUACCUUUCUUCUCUUCGGUUGACUGGAAUAACAUAUUAAACAUUGAACCACCAUUUGUGCCACAGCCAGAUGACAAUACUGACACCACAUAUUUUGAACCUAAAAACUCUGUGAGAGGUGUUGUCCUGUCAGCAGUAGACCUAUAAUGUGUAGCUUCUCCAUUUUGCUACCCCAUACAUCUAGGAUUUAGUCUCGUGUUAGCUGCUCAAGAUUUAUAAUUAUUAGUUGUACGAGGGAGGUACCAGUUCACUCCCAGCUAGAAAAAUAGUUGGUCUUUUUUUUUUAUUUCUGGUCACAAAUAUUUUAAUGUAACAUUUAUCACUAACUUACAAUGCAGCUAAAAAUGUCUUUCUUAAAUCAGAUAUAUAAUAACAAUUACUUAGUGCUGAACAUUUUUGUGAUUAUAACUUUAUUUUUGUAUACUCUAAUGUGCAUAAUAAUGUAAAAUAGCAUUUUGUACUUAUUUUUAAGGCAAGUUUUAGUUGUUUUUCCGUGUGUGUUCAAAAUGGUAGAUUACAAUAAAGCAAACCUUGUGAUCUAAUGGUAAGAAAUUAACUUUAGGUUGUACAUUGUGUGUGCACAAUUAUUUCUGUCAGUACAAUCAACCAAUAACUUAAAUUAAACCUGUUGUUUGAUGUAAAUUGAUUUUUAUAUUACUUGAUGUUAAGUGGUUUAAGCUGUUGAAAAUGUUUAAAAGAUUUCAGUUAAAAACAAUAUUUAUUAAAACAUUCUUGAUAAGUUUACACGUAACUUUUCAUAAUUCAAAAGGCAGAUAUUUUUUACAAUGUUUUAUUUUUAUAUGUUUGAUAUUUUUUAUACGAUUUUAAAAUAAAUUUUUGAUUUUUCUAAGAAUUAUAAAAAUAUGAAUCAAUGAUCAACUCAAAUUGGUGUGAUCCUUGUGGAAGGAUAUUGUGGUAAUUUUCAUACAUAUUCUCAUGAUCAAAUUUCCAAACAACUUGAUCUGCAGUAAUCUAUAUAUAUUUAAAGGCAAUGCAACACUUAUCAGGGAGGAUGUUUUUUUUUUGUACAUACUGUUUUUAUGAGUUGAGUAUUUUAAAACU